GAGGGCGCGGCUAAGGGAUGAGGAACUCAAGCGACUCACUUCCAAAUAAAACAAAAAUCCCCCUCUUCCAGGUCCUCGGAGACUCGUUCUGGGCAGAUUCUACCCUUCCCCCCCUUAAGCAGUCCUUCCUGCCCGAGGAGCCGGGGCGCGGUUUUCCAGAAGCGGCCGGGCCUGCGACCGAGGCGCGGGCGGCGCGUGGGAGGGGGCUGGGCCGGGGGAGGGGAGUCCAGGAUUUAGCGGCUCAGCCGGGGGCUCGCCGCGUCUUUCCGGGCACCGCCACGGACAGGCCCGCCUAUCCGGCCCGGAGCGACAGAGCGCAGCCGAGAGCAGCCGCCGCAGGGGGCACAGUCGCUGCCCCCGCCUCGGAGAGAGACGCCGGGCUGCCCGCCGCCGCGCGCGCGCGAACCGCUCAAUGGAAGACGUGUCCGCGGGCAUGGGCCUCUUCUCGCAGGAGCCGUCGCUGCUGCAGCCACCCGCCAUCUGGGGCCUGGUCCUCGCUGCGGCCCUGCUGCUCCUCGUCCUCUGCCUGAGCCUCCGGCGCACCAGGAGACCUGGUGAGCCUCCAUUGAUAAAAGGCUGGCUUCCUUACCUGGGAGAAAUCCUGAAAUUACAUAAAGAUCCUUUAGGUUUCAUGAGAACUCUUCAAAAGCAACAUGGUGACACUUUCACCAUUCUCCUUGGGGGAAAUUACUUUACAUUUAUCCUGGACUCUUUCCAGUACCACUUAGUGAUGAAAAAUCACAAUUUAAGCUUUCGAAUAUUUAGUAAUAAACUGCUGGAGACAGUAUUUUCCAUCAAAAACUUGAUGUACAAUGAUGACCUGAAUGAUGAGCUUCAUGUCUGCUAUCAAUUUUUACAAGGGAAACCUUUUGACUUAGUCUCAGAAAACAUGAUGCAGAAUUUAAAACAAGUUUUUGAAGCCCAACUAUUAAAAACUACAAGUUGGGAUGUGGCAUACCUGUUGCCAUUCUGCAGCUCAGUAAUAUUUGACAUCACAUUUAUUACCCUGUAUGGAAAAUUUAUUGCUGGUGACAGGAAAAAAAUUAUUACUGAGUUAAAAGAUGAUAUGUUAAAAUUUAAUGACAAGUUCCCAUAUUUGGUAUCAGGCAUACCCAUUCUAGGAAAUGCCAAGUUUCUUCAAAAGAAAAUUACAAAACAAUUUAUGCCAGAAAAGUUAGCUAAGCUACAAGGAUGGGCAGAAGUAAUUCAAAUGAGGCAAAACAUCCUGGAGAAAUACUAUGCACUGGAGGACCCUGAAAUGGGAGCACAUCAUUUCGCCCUUUUCUGGGCCUCUUUGACAAACACUAUUCCAGCUAUGUUCUGGGCGAUGUAUCACCUUCUGCGGCACCCAGAAGUUAUGGCGGUGCUGCGUGAGGAAAUUGACCAUUUGCUGGAGUCAACAGGUCAAAAGAAAGGGCCUCACUUUUCCAUCCACUUCACCAGAGAACAAUUGGACAGCCUGAUCUACUUAGAAAGCACUGUUCUCGAAGUUUUACGACUGUGCUCAUUUUCGAGCGUCCUUCGUUUUGUUAAAGAGGAUAUGAUUCUACAUUUAGAGACCCGGGACUACCGUCUGCGGAAGGGGGACUUCAUAGCCAUCUUACCCCCAAUGUCACACUAUGACCCGGAAAUCUUUGAAGCUCCAGAGGAGUUUAGAUUUAAUCGUUUUGUAGAAGAUGGUAAGAAGAAAACCACCUUUUUCAAAAGAGGGAAGAGACUGAAAUAUUACCUAAUGCCAUUUGGAUUAGGAACCAGCAAAUGUCCAGGCCGGUUUUUAGCAAUUGUUGAAAUAAAGCAAUUAUUGAUCGUACUUUUAACUUACUUUGAUUUUGAAAUAAUUGAUGAUAAGCCUGUAAAUCUAAACUACAACCGCCUUUUGCUUGGUGUUCAACAUCCAGAUUCUGAUGUUUUAUUUAGGUACAAAGUAAAAUCUUGAAGAUGCUGAAAGUAGAAAAGAAAUCCAUCAAAACUAACCAAACAGCCUCUGUUCGUCUAUUUGCUUUUAAUCUCUGCAAAUGUAAUUGUUUUGUUUGUAUGUGUGUCUAAAAAGUGCCAAAUUCUAUUUGAUCUGAGGUCAGUCCAGUUUGCACUUGGCCACAAAACACAUUAUAAAACAAAACAGGAUGGUGGCAUGAAAAUGGACCUCAAAAGCAACAUAAUGAUAAACAAAAUAGUUUUUUUAAUUUCUGCAUGUUAUGUUCUUCACCUAUCUUAGUAAAUGAACAGAAAUCAAUUGGAUACUGUGGAUUUUUUGGUCACUCAACUUCUUCUCUAAUAUGUACAAACACAUUUCAUAUACUACUGGAAAUUUGUGCUGGAAAUGGAUAUAGUCUAACAAAUUCCGAAUUCUCAAGAGAAGGAAAUUACAUUUCCAUGAGAUACAGUGGAUGAAGAUACUUCCUUCAAAUAUAAUAGCAAUAAUUUCUAUAUUGCCAGUAUACAUUUGCAUUAAAUGAGUUUUGUGGUAGAGUAAAUGUUUCAACUUUACUUCAGUAUUUAAUCAUCCAUAAAUGCUUUUUAUUACUUUGUAUACUAUGGCUCAGUAGAACAAAAUUCCUUGUUAUAUAAGACCAUUCAUGUUCAAGUUAGAUACUGGUAAGACUUAAUGUCUAAGAACACACAUAACCUAUUAUUUUUAAUCAGUUGCCCUAGACAUUAGUAUUAUGCUUAUUGUAGAAGCAAAUAUUGAAGUCAUUACAGGAUUGAUUAUAGCAUUUGGCUUUAUUGUAAACUAAAAGAGUUAUGCCAGUAUUAUAAUUAAUUCUUUCCUAAAUGCUUUCAUUAAUAUAACUGAGAAACUAGAGAGCAGUAUUUGUUCUUGACACCUCACCCUUUUGGGCUUGGAGUUCCGUCGUUUUAUUUUGAGUCACAACAUUAAGUAAGCCGUAUAAUUUCAUAUGCCAUAAUGCAGCCUUGUGUCCAUGAUUCAAAGAGUUGUACUAUCAGACUACCAAAUGAUUGUCUGGCAUCUGACAUGAAGGAUGAUGUUCUGUGUAAACAGGCAAAACAAGUAAAUGAAUCCAGUUAAUUCAUGCUGCAUAAAUUGGAACUUCUAUUAUUUCAGAAAUGUGCUAUUGUUUUUUAAAAGGAAAUUGAUUUUUAAAAUAACAUAAUUACCAUACAUAAUAAGUAAAUAGAUUUUCUAGCAUUUAUUUCUCUUUCCUGAAGUACAUGCUCUAAACAUUCCUGAGUGAAGGUCUGCUAGUCCAAACUGUUUUUGCUUAAUUGAAAACAUCUUCAUUUUUGCCUUAUUUCUUAAAGAUGAUUUUUCUCAGUGCACAAUCUACAUCGACAGUUACUUCCUCAUAGCACUUGGAAGAUAUUACAUGUUCUUAAGGCUUUCACUUUUGUUAUUAAGAGGUUAGCCAUCAGUCAGUUUAAUUAUUCAAUAGGUAGUCUGCCUCUUCUCUCUAAUAGCUUUAACAUGUUUCUUUGUCUUCAAUGUUCUUAGUUUCUUUCUAUUUAUCAUGGUUACAUGUCACAGUGCUCCCCCAGUCUGAGGAAGUGUGUCUUUCAUCAAGUAUGGAAUAUUCUGAGCCAUAAAGUCUUUGAAAAAUAGCUCUCUCUGACCCUGUGUUAGAUCCUCUCACUCAAUAUUCCAUGCUGCUUGACUUUUUCUCUCUAUAUUUUCUAUCUCUAAUUUACACUCUAAGUAAUGUGUGUAGAUCUCUCUUCCAGUUUAUUCUCCAUGCAGUGUAGCUAAUGUGCUGUUUAACUCAUCCAUUGAGUUUCUUCCUUCUUUUUAUUUUAACCUCAGCUUCACAGGAUUAAGUGAUCAAACUCUGUAUACUCCUUAGUUUAUAGUACACAAUUAAAGUUGGUCCAAGCAAGGACCCCUGGUAUGUAUCUUUAUAAUAUAUAUACUGUUAUCUUCGGUGUGUACGUUUUUAAUUUCCUCAGUGCAUUUUCUGUAGACCAGAGCCUUCUAAAUUUUCUUACUAAGUGCUAUGUUUUAAAGAUACAUCCACAUCACAUUUGAAGAUGACUUCAUUUUGUCCUCAUUCUUGAUGGUACUUGGUGCACAAGUCUAGGCAGACAGUUAUUUCCUCCCACCACUUAGAAGAUAUUGCUUUCAUUUAUUGCUUCUAACUACUGCAUAGUAUUUCACAGUGUGCACCCACCAUGUUUUAAUGCUCUAUUUACCCAGUGAUAGAAACUAUAUCAGUAGGAUGGUUUCUUUGGGGUAGAGGCCAAAGCAGGACCUAAAAACUCUAUCCUCCCCAUCCUCCCACUGCCAUGUCCAGCCACUCUCCACCCUGGGCUGCUGCAAACCCACACGACAUUUGGUCAUGACAGCCUUCAUUCUCCUUGAGAUGUUCUAGAUUUGUUAUGUUCAAUCCUCAGAUCCUUAUGACCCUCUCCAUCCUUGGGGUCUCAGGGUUGAUUUUGAGUCAGGGCACCAGCUACCAACCUGUCAGCUUUCAGUUUUCAAUCCCACUGAGUUUGCUAAAUUCAGUGAUUCCUGUUCACUUUGAGAACUCUUGAUUCUUCGUAUCUGCCUGGUCAUUUUUAAUAAUAUCUUGUUAUACACUCAAUAUCCUCUUUCAUUUAUUUAAAUAUGUUAAGAAACCUAUUUUGUAUUCUGUAUCUGAUACUUCCAAAUUUAUCAGUGUUUCGUGGGUGUGCAGUUUGUUGGUUUCUUGUCCAUAAGACUUAUUCAGUAUGACUUGGUUACUGAACCCAGAUUCCUUGGAAUUUUAUCUCUGGAAAUUUUAUAAGACCUGAGUUUAAAGUUCAUUCCUCCAGAGAGAAUUUGUGUUUGCUUGUCUGACUGCUGAUGUUACUAUCAAACUCAGAUUACUUUAACUUUUUAGCUUGAGUGUUUUGAGAGGAGUUGGGGGAUGAGAGCUACAGAGGUAGUGUGAGCUCUAGCCCUAGAUCAGUUGCAAUGCAGUCCUGUGAUUAGAAAUAAUCAGGAGAGACUUGCUGCGUUUUUUUCCCUUUCAUCCAGAGCCAUCACUGAUUCUGCAAGUACACCCACAGUCUUGCUCUAUGGAGCAAGGUUUCUUUCUAGCUCACCUACUAAGGAUGUUGCCUUUGCAAGUUCUUGGUUUUGUGCAGAAGUCCUGGAUUUCACACACACCUACCGUCUUGAGCCCUGUGCUUUAUCUCCUGCCUUCCACAAAGUGUAGUCCAUUCGUUUUGUACUAGGACACCUAGUAUGCCAUAUUGCCUGAAGCAGAAAUGUCUAUAAUCUUAAAUUCAUCUUAGUAGCACACAUUUGUGAUGGUAUAGUAGACAUAACACAGUAAAUUACUCCAUUCAAAUUCAUAACUAAAAGUGAGUACAGGAAUUUAUAGUAGAAAGUAAAAGUAAUAAAGUGAUUGAGAAAAUAUAUAAAAGCAAUAGCCAGUGGAGCCAAAAUGAGAGAGUCUUGUGACAGACUGAGAUCUAGUAAUUAAAGAGUGUUAAUGAACAGAAAAAAAAUGGAGAAAUAAGUGACAAGACAUGGAUUCUAACUGCGACAUAGCUGGUUUGUUGUUAUUGACAAGUCACUUGGCCUCUCAGUGCUUCAGUUUCGUUACUUGCAAAAUAAAAUAAUGCCGUUUUGACACCAGGGUUCAUUAUAAGGAUAAAGCAUAGUAAGAUAAGUGAAUUUAUUUUGAAAAGGGCAAUCCAAUAUGCAAAUGUAAAGUUGUAAAGGAGAUAGGCUAACAAUGCUGUGCCUUUUAAAAACUGUUCUUAUGUUAAAGAGAAUCAUUCUUUAGUCCUUAGGUAAUUACUUAUUCAUUUAUUCAAUCAAACAUUUUUGAGCAUUUCCUCUAUUCUAGAUAUGAUGUUACGCAGUGGAUUGCCCUUCUUCAAGAGCACACAAUUUACUAGAGAGGGCAACACAUACACAAGUAAUUUAUUAUAAAUGUAGUUGUAAUACAUCUUUUUAAAAAGUUCUUAAAUUCUGAUAUAUCAUUAGUACUAAUUAACCUUUCAUCACUCAUUCCAAAGUAGUGUUCUGUAAUGAGAAAUACUAUAGACAUAAUUACACACAAUAAAACAUAUACAACAGGCAUGACAGUCACUGAGGCUCCAGAAAUUUUUUAAUGGCAUUUUAAAUAUCACAAACUUACAUCUUUUCAGAUUAACAGCCUCCUCCAAGUUUCACAUUGAAGGAAAUUGGUAACUAAUAAUUUUUUUAUAUCAAUGACCAACAGUAAUGAAGCAUUCAGAUAGCAAAAACUAAAUGCUCUGAAGAUAUUAAGAAAAAAGCUGUUUAGCACUAAAUAAGGCAUGCUGAUAAGCAACCUAUUUGGAAACUUUUAUCUGCCUUGUUUUAGCUUUGCUGGCACAGUUCAUUGUAUCUUCUCCAUUUUAGCAUUAAGUUUGGGUCCCAAGUCUAAGGCAAAGAACUUCCAUGCUCAAAAUUUUCAUGAUUACAUCUGUUUAUUUUCUCAUAAAAAAAGAAUUUAUGUAACACUUCCUAUUAUAAAUUCUAAUUUAACAGUGGAAUGUUAAGACCAAUUUCAAAGAUCAAAGCACAAAAAUUAUCUAAGUUUUGAUCUUAGUAUAAAAUAAUGUCAAUAAUUAUAAAACAAGAAUUAUAUGCCCUUAGAAUGUGCUCUGCUUUGAACUAUUAAAUUCACUGAUAUUGCAAUCUAUUAUUUACUUGAACUGCAUUAUUAGCUAUUCAUAUCCACAUACUCAAUUAAGAAAAAGGUAGCAAGCCAAGAUUACAUUCCCUGUAGCAUUAUUUUAAAUUAUAAUGAGCAAUCACAUAAAACUCUAGUAUUUCUCGAAAGCAAUUAUUACUUACUCUACUUCACAGUGUUAAUCUAAAUCAGUGAUCAUUGAUGUUUGAACUUUUUAGCUUAAAUGUUUAUUUUGUUCAUAAUACUUUUUUGAGUAAGCUAAAUUUAAUUCAUAAAAAAUUCUGCACAAUUUUAAAUAGGAGAUAAUUUGGCAAUACUUAUGUUUAAAAAUAUUUUUUAGUCAGAGAUAUGCUGUGUAUUUUUAAAAGCUGUUGUCCUGAAUUGUUUGUUCAAUAUUAUCUUUUGAUUUUAAAAUGGUAUAUAUGUGGACUUAUAAGGAAGCAAAUUUUAAAGAUUUCGGAUGAGAAAUGCAAGUGCUUUGUAAAUCUAAUUUUCUUUUAUUUUCAACAAGAAUUCAGUAAAUCAACUUUUAAAGCACA